CACCAAGUUGCCGACAUAAUAACUAUGCCAAACUUCGACGAACGCGCUUUCCGAUUGUCAAUUGAGCCAUUGGAGCUGGAACCAGUAGUGGUCAAACAACUUCGCAACUUUGUGGAUGUGGUGUGCAGCAUGUAUCACGAUAAUCCCUUUCACAAUUUCGAACAUGCCUCUCAUGUUGCCAUGUCUGUGACGAAGCUGUUGAGCCGGAUUGUGGCCCCUAGGUUUUCUGGUGCCAACAUCCGGAACUCGACAAAAAUUUGGGAAUCAUUUGUUCUGAUGGUAGCGUCAUUGGAAGCGAUGAAUUGGAAGCAACUCAAGGUCAAGAUAGAUCCAAGCCAGACCAUGCUCGGACCGCGAAUACAGCAGUUAUUCCAAGAUCAAGCCCAACUACAUGAUCAUACGUACGGUAUCACAUCAGACCCUUUGACACAGUUUGCUGUCGUUCUAUCAGCCUUGGUUCACGAUGUGGAUCAUGGUGGAGUGCCUAACUUUUUGCUCGUGAAAGAGAAUGAGGCUUUGGCAUCUUUUAUCACAACAAGAGUUCUCCUGGCCCCCGAGUUUGAUGCUUUGCGCGCCUGUAUUUACAGCGAUUUGUCCGAAUUGCGUCGAUUUCGUCAAACUUUGGUCAAUUCGGUAAUUACCACGGACAUUUUCGACAAGGAUCUGAGUACGGCGCGCAAGGCUCGCUGGAGUAAGGCGUUUCACACUCUUUGCUCGGACGGUAGCCAAACGAAUGAGGAGAAGCAGGAAAAGCUAUUGGAUGAAGAUCCCAGCCGCGAACGGAACCGCAAGGCGAUAAUCGUGAUUGAGCACCUGAUUCAGGUCUCGGAUGUAGCCCAUACAAUGCAGCACUGGCACGUGUACCAGAAAUGGAACGCGAAGUUGUUUGAGGAACUGUACAACGCGUUUUUGCUUGGUCGCUCCUAUCAGGACCCCUCGUUAAACUGGUACAACGGAGAAAUCGGCUUUUUCGACAAUUAUAUUAUUCCUCUGGCCAAGAAUCUAAAAGAUUGCGGGGUGUUUGGUCUUUCUUCUGACGAGUAUUUGAACUAUGCUCUUCAGAAUUGUCGGGAAUGGGAACUGAAGGGCAGAGAGUUGAAACUUGAGCAUUUGUUAGCUUCUUGUCGCAUCCCUCCCGCCAUCAAUCAAGUUGAACGUCACCCCUAUUUGGCACAGCCGGAUAUGAUGGAAUAUUGUGCACGUAAAAACAUCCACGUGACGGGAUACAGUCCACUCGGUUCGUUGGAUCGCCCAGCCGGUCUGAAGGGACCGGACGAGGUCAACUUAUUGACCGAUCCUACCGUCACGAGCGUUGCGAACAAACACGGCAUCAGCACAGCACAAGUCUUGUUGAAAUGGGCGGUCCAAACCAACGCCAGUACCAUUCCUAAGUCAAUUUAUCCGACCCGCUUGGCGGAAAAUCUGAUGGUGGGUCGUGACGAUUUUCCCGACCUGGAUCAAAGGGAUUUGGAAAUGCUCCAGUCGCUGGAUGCGCACCGACGUUACGUGACCGGCGCCUUCUGGGCCUUGCCGGGAGGACCGUAUACGGUCGAGAAUCUUUGGGAUGAGUAAAACAGGAACGGGGUGUGUUUUCAUUUCACUACAUAUUUUCAAGCUGAAACGUUUGUAUCUGGAGAGAGUAUUAGCUAGUCGCCGUAAAAUGAAGAAAUGCACGUCGGGGAAGUGAUCUAUCGGCAUUGUAUUCAAG